GUACGUCAAGCGAAUUUUGGAUGACUGCGGAAGGCAUCCUCUUCUGACAUCUUUGUCUCCCUCCCCCUUCCCAUCGACGACCACUGGAAUUCUACCUUUAAUUACCUGUUAGCAUGACGUCUCUACUUCGCGCGAUCAAGAUUCAGAACCACAGUUCCUACAAUACUGCACUUCUGCCAAUGCGAGCCAACCCUCCUCGUGCUGAACCGGAUGCUGCCCAGCUGAAAGAGAAGCUUGCUUCUCUGAAUCUAAAGGGCGAUGUUUCCGCUGCGCAAAUUAGCGCGGAGCUCGAAAAGUCUCCCAGUCCGCAAGAUGCGGAUGCAUUCUUUGUAGUCGCGAGCGGAGCCGAUUCAGGCUACGGGUCAACUUCUUCCACUCCCCAAGAAAGCAAACCCAAUUUCUUGGAUCGGACAUCGGUCCCUGUCUCUGUUCCUCAGGUCUUCGACAAGCCAAUUUCCGACGACCAACGGGAUCGUUUCUUCGACUUCAGAUAUCAAUACACCAACUCGCUCUGGAAAGCGAUAUCCAAGGGGAAUAAGAAAGCGCACCCGGGGGACAUUUCGAUGAAGUUGAAGUACAUGGGCUCUGACGAGGAGUCGGCCAAGCUUUCCAUCGUUAUACAGUGUGAGAAACGCGUUGCAAAAAGGGUGAGACACUUUUUUGCUCAGGAACACAUCAAACAAGAUCUGAAGCCCGAUUUCGAAGUCUAUAUCUUAGACAAGGGUGUAAUACGCCUGUCAACAGAGGACACGCUUGACGUCUUUGCCCAUCUUGACGGGAGAGUUACGUUUUGUGGUAUGAGCAUCCGUAUGGUGGUCGAUGCAGCAGAAACGAUUGCAACAUUUGGCGGCUUAAUAACUGUCACCAGAGGAGAAAUCACUGAAGUGUUUGGGCUCACAGCAAGUCAUCCAGUGGAAGGGAGCAAUGACGUUGACCGGUGGGAUGACGAUGAUUUCGACUCAGAGGAGUUCACAGACACAGAUUCGAUAUCUGAGCUAAACGAGAGUGACGCAUACCCACAACCGAGCCACUCUCCGAAGUUAAAUGCGAUGACCUCGAUUGGUAAAGUCGCCCAUGAUUCCCUUCGCCUUUCCUCAACAACUUCAGCCAACCAUGACUGGGCUCUGAUCAAGUUGAACACUGCCGUUCUUCUCCCCAACCUCGCCCCCGAUAGCCACCCGCCAAGCAUUUUUGGAAUCAAUCUGUUAGCCUCCAGAGUGCCGUUGCAACCACAGCAGAAGAUAGACGUGGUUGUUAUGACCAGCCACGGUCUCCAAAAGGGAUCUCUAGUGUCUAAUGGGUCAUCUAUCAUGAUGUUCCCAGGAAGGACCUUUUUGCAGACUCUAGACCUCGUCCUGCGCUCCGACUCAGAGCUCCGUCCUGGAGAUUCGGGAUCAUGGGUGGUGAGCGAGACCACACACGAAGUAUACGGUCACGUCAUAUCUGUGGAUGCGCUUAGCGAGGCUCAUGUAGUCCCUUUAGAGAGCACAUUGUCUGAUAUUCGAGCACAGCUUGAUGUGGAUGAAGUCGCUCUCCCAACAAAGGCCGAUCUGGAACUGUCUUGGACCGAAACGCCAAAGAUCACAGGGGAUUCCGCUAUGCCCAUGGGCGACUAUGAACUUGGCCAUGACCGUGAUAUAGCAGAGACCCAACACAAAGUCGGCUUGCAUGGCCUCACGUCAAUCCUCCCCCAAGAAAAGCAUCAGCCAGCUUGCACGAUACGAGAGAUUAAGGACUCCUCUGACAGCGCCUUGUCAGUUCUGCAGCCCGUUCUUAGAGUUCCACUGCCUCUGAGCUCCCUCGCGGAGCAAUCCAGGCAAUUCGCCAAAAACCAGAACGAAGUCUAUCUUUUCAGACAGACAAUAUUAUUAGACAGCCACGUGACAACUCGUGGGGAGCAGUCUACACCCACCCUACCAUCUUUGCACCCUAUGACAGAAGCCCUGUCAGGGAGCUCGAAAAAAAAUGGAAAGCAACGAUUGAGCGGUCUAUAUCACCGACUGAAGGUGAGGCUUUCGAGAAAGAAGAAGGUGCUGAGACUCGUGAAAGGGUGAUGAACUGGGUGACCCCUCCGUCCGUGACUUCAUAUCCCCGUGUUUCGCCCUAUAGCCAGGUCGAUUCACCGCAUCAUCAGCAGAGCGUGCAUUCGUCUGCAAAACCUUCCAUCGAGCCUGACUCGGGUUAUUCAUCCAUGACUAGCACGCCGGCCAGGCCACUUUUGUCAACUGAUUCGCCAAGCAACCUCUUAGAAUAUUCCGGUUGACAUCUGGAGUGUCAGGUGGGUGUCUAACUACAUACCAGGGGGUUAAGGCCCAAUCUAUAGAUCAAUAAACGUUGGAUAGCCCUGAAGCCAUCCUUAC